AAAAUAUAGGUAAGUAAACAAGCCUGCGUCCGCCCAUAUGGCAGGCGCGUGUGUUUUUAUAUUGAGAAGAGGGUAAUCGGGGUGCCCAUUUUACCAUUUUAGUUAACUUUUUUAUUCGUUUCAGCCAGCUCUAUGUUGUAUGUGUAUUGUAGUCCCUCUGUGCUAUUUAUAUUGCCAACAUUGAUGUGAUCGGUGACUUCCUCGCAUUCUGCGAGUUCGCGUUGCGACUCCCGGGACCUUAGGUACUUAUGUAAUUCAAGUGGUAUUCAUAUUGUGAAGGCUGGAAACAAAAGCUCCGUACUCUGGUGGUACUCAGCCCGUCCGAUGACGGAGGCGUGAUGGCGCUGCCCGUGGGUAACAGCAGCAGCGGGGGCGGCGGAGACCCGUCGCCCGACCCCAGCGGAGGCGGCGUCAUGGAGGAACUCUUCCCGGCCGUCAUCCAGUGCUUCAGCGUCACACUCUGCGGGUACCUGGCCGGCCGGUUCAAGGUCAUCUCCAGCCAUGAGGGGCGUGGCAUUGAGCUGUUUGUCGGCAAGUUCGCGCUGCCGACUCUCAUCUUCCUCUCGAUGGCCACGCUGGACUUCACCGUGGUCAACUGGAACUUUUUGUUGGCGAUCCUGCUGUCCAAGUCUGCCGUGUUCGCGGUGGUGCUGAUCGGCUGCCUGGUGGUGACGCGGCCGUCCGACUACUCCACCGGCGCCCUCUACGCCAUCUUCUGCACCCAGAGUAACGACUUCGCGCUCGGAUAUCCCAUCAUCUCUGCGAUCUACAAGGACUCCCACCCGGAGUUUGUCAGCUACCUGUACCUGGUGGCUCCGGUGUCGCUGUGCCUGCUGAACCCGGUCGGCUUCGUGCUGAUGGAGCUCUGGAAGCGGCGCCACCUCUCCCUGGCGCUGGAGAGCGGUGACGGCCCAGCUCGCCGGCGAGUCUCCGUCUGCCGGCUGGUGCUGCUCUCGCUGAAGGGCGCCUUCACCAACCCCAUCGUGGUGAUGACCGGACUGGGCGUCGUGGGGAACGUGGUGUUCCAGCACGUCAUACCCAAGGUGCUCUACAACAUCCUCAAUACGUUCUCGGAGUCGUACUCGGCCACGGCGCUGUUCAUGCUCGGCCUGCACAUGGUGACCGAGUCCAAGUCGUCGGCGCGCUCCGGCCGCUACGUCGUGCCCUUCAUCUUGAUCGGCGUCAAGUCGGUGGUGAUGCCGCUCGUCACCCGCGAGUCCAUGAGCCUGCUGCAGGGAUCCAGCACCGCCAACACAAACAUCACCAUCGAUCUGACCAACUACGCGUUUCUGUACGGAAUCCUGCCGACGGCGCCCAGCGUCCUGGUGUACGCCACGCACUACGAGACCGCCGUGGAGGUGGUGGCCAGCUCUCUGGUGAUUGGCACCUUCCUCUCUGCGCCGCUCAUGUUUGUCUCGGCCUGGAUGGUCAGUCUGUACUCGACUGUAGAGCCGUCCCAAUACAUCCAGUACAUCGACCAGUACAUCUUCGACAUCAGCACCAUCGGACUCGUCUGCUGCGUCUGGGUACUGGGAGUGUUUGUGCUGAGCGGCAAAUUCAGACGGGUGCCGCACUUCAUCACCACCUGCCUGAUCGUCUCUCAGGCGGUGGCCUGUGUGGGCGCCAUCCUGUCCACACAGCUGGCGUGUCCGACGGCCGGCUGGCAGUACUACCUGCACUUCCUGCCGCUGGUGGUGGGGGUGCUGAGCAGCCGCGUGUGGACCGCGCUGCUUGCACUGGCCCUGCUCUUGCUGCGCACACGCUCGCUGUGCUUCGUGCUGCGCUGCCGGCUGCCCUUCAUGGCCAUCGGAUGGGCAUUUCCGCUGUGUCUGACGAUUGUGCUGCUGGCCACCAACGAGGGACACCACAUGUACGAGGGCGACCCGAACUUCCAGCUGGGUCAGUUCCAGUCCAUCACGGCCAUCGUCAUACUCAGCGUCUCGCUAACAGUGACUCUGUCCUGUCUGGUGCUGCACCUGCGCUACAGCCACGUGUACCGCCAGUACACGCCCCACCUGAUCGCCAACGGGCGCGGCUCACCGGAUAUGAGCGUGGGAGGCCGCUCCCCGGAGCCGGGGUCACGGUCGGCGGUCACCAGCGACGCGGAAUCGGUGUCCGAAGGACAGGCGGAUAUCACCACUGUGAACGACAUCGAGGACCUGGUGCCGAGCAGUAACGGUGGACCGCUCGACAACCAGACGACGUGUACGAGGCAGCGGCCCUGCAACCCGGGACAACAGCAGGCCUGCAGGCAGCUGGUGCGCGACUACUUUGACCAGGAGCAAUCGGAGCUGAGCGGCGCAUUCUGCGAGGCCGAGGACCAGCUGCAGACCACCAAACACGUCAUCAUGCUGCUGCUGCUCAGUCUCUCCAUGAUCGUGGGUCUGUUCCUGUCCGUGUGGAACCUGGUCAUGGACACGAUGACGGGCAUCUACGUGGAGGUGGACUUUAUCGACGGCGCGCUCAACUUUGGCCAGGGCGUGUUCGUGUUCCUGCUGUUCGGCCUGGACAACGAGCUGAUCGUCCUGCCGCUGGUGCACUGGUGGCGCCGGCUGCUCUAUGGCUCUGACACGGUCCAUCUGCCGGACGUGUCCGACCUCGACCACGAGACGCGCCAAACGUGCAACCAGUUCAUCAACUACCACCUGAUGGCCUGCAAACGCGAACUGGUCACCGACAAACGGUUCCGUCUGAAGCUGUUCCGUCACGUGUUCACCGGCCAGGAGAUGGUCGAGUGGCUGCUGCGCCGCGGUCUGGCCGCCGACCGCACUGAGGCCGUCAAGUACGGCCGCCGGCUGGUGGACGGCCGCGUGGUGCGCCACCUCCGGCAGCAGCACCACUUCCACGACCGGCACCUGUUCUACCAGCUGGUGAACGGCGGCCGGCCGGCGCCCCAGUCGCCGCCGCCCACGCCGCAGCCGCCGCCCACCGGCUGCGGGGUGGCCGGCUGCGGACAGGUCGGUACUGGCGUGUGCCCGCGCGCCGGCGAGACGACGCCGAGACAAAGGCAGUGAGCCAUGGGUCAGACAGUACCCCAGCAGAGGCAGUGAGGCGGUGCCGCCACAGUGAGCUGGCGAGAGAGAGGCCCGACGGCCUGACAGCGGCAGUGAGCUGACGGCGCCCCGGCAGCCGACAGUGAGCCGGCAGGACAGCACCCCUUAGAACAACAGUGAGUAGGCGGCAGCGACAGUGACAGUGAGUUAGGACGGCACUCUGACAGCCACAGUGCGUCGGCCAGCCGGCGUCGCGGCAGUGAGCCGGUGCGCUCACUCGUCUGGACCCCUCGCGGUCCGUUGGGGGCGGAGGAUCGGAAAUCCCCUCUGUUGAAUCGUCAGUCAGAUCACUCAGUGGUGGCCUGCACGCUGAACGCGGCGGUGUGGUGAAUGUUUUCACUGAGGUAACCCGCGGGCUGACCUCAGAGAGCGCGCCGUCAGUCUGCGAGAUGGCCGUCAGUCUGAGCACAGUCUCCAGUAAUUUACAUGACCAUGACCAAUGUGUUCGUCGUAUUUUUAGGGCAUUAUGGAUAUUUGUAAUAGAAAAAUGCCCAUUUAGUCAAGGUUGCCAUAAGGGAACCGCGUAGUUUACAUAUACGGCAUAGUUAGGCAGCUGCCAUUGCGUUAGAGAACCCAUGCUAACUUAGAAGGAUUACUUAAUUUAUUGCAUUUUACGGUACUUUACUCUUCUUACAGAAUGAGAGUCAGGUGGCGAUGGUCGAUUCUUGGACGCUCCAAGUUGAUGCAACGAUCAAAUUUGGCCCACAUUAAUUGCAUAUCGAGCGCCGGCGUUUGGGGAGGCGCGUUCGGCGGUGUCACUGGGUUGUCACACGGCCCCUUUAGCUCGGCGCUCCCGCCCUCACUGGUCGGUGUUGGUUCAGCGGAGCCCGUUGGCUCGGUCCGACAGCCGGCCGCGGCCCGGACUGGCAGCCAUGCCCGCGGCGCGGCCGGCCCGCCCGGCUGUCCCUCUGUCUUUCACUGGCGGCUGGCGGUCCGCAGCACACAGGGAGAUGUGGCACGGAUCUUCCCUGGACAGGGUACACUGACGAGACUGGGCGCUGGUUGAACACGGAAAAUUCCGACUGAUCAGUCAUGAAUAGCGGUCGGCCCAAGAUGGGCGUUGUCCUGUGGGUUAUACACCGCAAGACCCGUCGUCUCUCAUGUGUUUCUGGCAAAAAGUUAAGUUGCCAUUUGUGUAGUCUUUUUACCCUUCAUGUGCGAUAGAUCGUGAUAUGUUUAGUGCUCAGUUAGGCUGUCAGUGGCGAACAAUGUUUAUGUGUGCUGUUCGUUUGCGCUUCUCGACUUCGUUUUAGGUACGGCGAGAACCGAGUAUUGAUGAAUAAGAAGCCCGUAUUCAUAUCUGGUUUUAAGGAUUCCGAGCGGUUGUAGUGAUCGUUUGUUUAUGCUAGUGCAAUUGUUUGUGAUGAUGAUGCCCGUUAUCCCAUGACACCAUCAUACAUCACUGUUAUUAUGACUACUUGAGCGCGCGCUUCCAACCUGUGUUUGAAUCGAGUCUGGAUAGGCAACUCGAGGUCGUGUUAAUUUAGUCAAGAUACACACCUAUAUUUGUGUCGUCUGCUGUGUAACUGUGACCCUGAACAAUAUACGAUGUUGUGAUGUCCGCUUGGGACCCCGGACCAUCCCGGAUCGUCCCCGACCGGAGACCGGACGCCGCCGCUGCCGUCAGCGACUCCGGGCGCCCCGGCCCCUGUGUCGGCGGCCGGCGCCCUCCGGUCUCAGCGGGACGCCCUGCCCCGCUGGUGGCGCGGCCGUGGUUGUCAAUGUGACGUGGACGGUACCUCGUCCGUGUCAUGUUGUCAUGUGUUAGUCAUUCAAAGAACAAUAUACACGAUGUCAGCAGCGA